AUGGAACAAUGCAACCAGACAACAACCAUAGCUUUUGUGUUCCAAGGAUUCUCCAGAGAACAAAGCACCAACCUAUGCCUCUUUUCAAUUUUCCUCUCCAUGUACCUUGUCACCCUAGCAGGCAACACAGUCAUCAUCACAGCCAUCCACACUGACUCACGGCUUAGCACACCCAUGUACUUCUUUCUAAGCAACCUAUCCUUCCUGGACAUCUGCUACACAACCAGUGUGGUGCCUCAGUUGCUGGUUCAUUUCCUGUCUAGUCAGAAGACCAUCUCUUUCAAGCGGUGCAUGGCUCAGCUCUACAUCUCUUUGUCCCUGGGUGGCAUUGAGUUUAUCCUGCUGGCAGCCAUGGCUUAUGACAGAUAUGUGGCUGUCUGCCAUCCCUUGCAUUACAUGGCCAUCAUGAGCAGAAGGGUUUGCAUCCAGAUGGCUUUGCUUUCUUGGAUGGGUGGCUUCUUCAAUGCUUUGGUACAGACUGUGUUCACCAUGCAUCUUCGCUUCUGCCACUUCAACACCAUCAAUCACUUUGCCUGUGAACUCCUGGCUGUCAUUAAGGUGGCUUGUUCAGAUACUUUUGUCAAUGAGAUUGUGAUUGUGGUGGCAGGGGUCAUUGUGCUGCUGAUUCCCUGUAUUGUGGUCAUGCUUUCCUAUGUGUAUAUAAUAUGUGCCAUCCUGCGCAUCCGCUCUUCCGAAGGUCGGCAUAAAGCCUUCUCCACAUGUACCUCUCAUCUGACUGUUGUCACCCUCUGCUAUGGCACAGCCAUCUUUGCGUACAUGAGUCCUAAAGCCAACACUUCACCCAACCAAGACAAGAUGGUUUCCAUCGUCUAUGCAGUGGUUACCCCCAUGCUGAAUCCUAUCAUAUAUAGCCUGAGGAAUAAAGAAGUAAAAGGAGCUUUGUCUAAAGCAGUGCGGAAAAAUGGUCUUCUGUAG